GGUGCUGUGUGGUUGGCGAAGGCGACACAAGUCCGUGUGCGGCAUUUCCUCUAUCCUCGAUUCUCGAUUCUCCGUUCUCGAUUCGCUCCAAUCCAUUUUGCUCCAGUCCCGAGUCCUGAAAAGCGCGAUACAACCGAGGACAUUCGUGCGAGAGUGCGAGUGUGUGUGUUUGUGUCAAGCGUGGCAGCUGCAGUGAAAAGGCAAUUUAUGAAUAAAAUAUUGUCCCCGGAAACUUUUGCUGAUCUUUCAAUUAAACUCGGAACGAUAAGAGACCCAAAAAAUGACAGAGCAGGAAACUAAACUGAAAUAGAAAAAAAGGAAGCGAAACUAGGGAGGCAAAUACAAAUAGUGGCAGGACAGAACAUGUAAAUGCGACUGUCCAUAGCCCAUAGAUGUGUGUGUGUGUGGGCGAACGCUUAAUAGGAAAAGCAAAUAGCAACGAGCUCAUGGAAAAUAAAUAUAAAUAAGCCAACGACAACGACAAGCACAACAACAAGAAAAGCAAUUGGUUGACGCUUUCCCUCGUUGGCGGUCAAAGAAAAUUUAUUGCAUUGCACAAAUGAGACAGGAAGAAAACGCAAACGAAGCAAAGGCAAACAUAGAAAAGCGCGAGCAUGGACAAGAAAAAUAGCCGAAAAUUCCGAAACAAAUUGAAAAAUUAAAGUUUUAGCAGAGAAAAACUAUCAGCGAAAUACAGAAUAAAAGAAGCACACGCAGCAUGGAUCCUGCAAUAAACAGACGAUAUUCCUUCGCUUACGGCAUUUUCGCCUUCCUGCUGCUCCAACUUUGCUACGAUUCCGCGGAAUGCCUGACAAUGACCGAAAUCAAAAUCCCCAAGCACAUAAUGCGCCACGAGGACGCCGCGCUCGGCUGCAAGUUCGAUCUCGACGGGGAGUCACUGUACUCGGUGAAGUGGUACAAGGAUGGCUUCGAGUUCUAUCGCUAUGUGCCCAGGGACAUGCCCCCGGGACAGGUUUUUCCCCUGCCCGGCGUCGAUGUAGAGUUACAAAACUCGACGGACGUGGUUGUUGUCCUGCGCUCAGUUAGCCUUCAGUCAACUGGCCGAUAUCGCUGCGAAGUGUCCGGCGAGGCGCCUUCGUUUCAGACGGUUUCCGGUCACGAGGACAUGAUUGUUGUGGUGACUCCGAAGCAUGGACCACAAAUCACUGGCGGACAGCCGCGGUAUCAAAUUGGCGACAUGGUGCGCGUCAAUUGCACCUCGGCGGCUUCCAGGCCGGUCUGCCAUCUCAGCUGGCUGAUUAACGGGAUGCACGCAAAUCGCUCGCUGCUGCGACCUUAUGAACCCUUGGUUGUGGGUCGCGAAGGGCUGGAGGUCGCCCGAUUGGGACUGGAGUUCCGGGUGCGCGGAUGACAUUUCAAGCACGGCGACAUGAAGCUAAAGUGUGUCGCCAAAAUCUCCUCCGUGUACUGGCAGAGCAACGAGGAGAGUGUGGAGAGCGACAAGCACCAGAGGAUUCCGGUCCUGGAGUCGCGGGAGACGGUCAUGUCCAAGUCACGUCAGUCCAUGGAGAAGGCACAGUCUUCGCUCGAAGACAAACAACUGAAGAAGAGCCGACGCCCUGCAGCGGCAACUUCAGCAGCGGCAGCUGCCUCGUCCAGUGCAACAUCAACUUUGGCGCCAUUUGGGGCGGUCUGGUGUGGCUCAUCGGUGCCCUGGUCACGCAUAUUAGCUUCCAAAUCAAUUGCACGCAUUUCCCUCUACGCGCUGCCAGUCCUAAUAGCAUUUCUGUGUAGCCUUCGACCGGCAGUCGAGGGAAGUUGCUGUCGGAGGAGUUAUGCCAGCCGUGGCAUCCACAGCAGCAGCAUUAGUGGCAGCAACAUCAGCAGGAGCAACACAAACAGGAGCAGCCUGUCGACUCAAUUAGGCUGCGAGAAGGCUGGUCAGCGUAGAUAACAAUUAACCGAAAAGCAAAUAUACAGUCGCGGCAUCAAAAGAGGCGGUAUUAUGGCCUAAAACCCUAUUAAGUUCUUUGUAAAUAUUUCAAGUUUUUGUCACAUCAAGUAUACGCCGCGUGUGCGUCUCGCCUAACUAGUGUAUGUACAUAUCCAUAUAUUUACUGUAUUUAUAUAAAACAUUCAUUAGUAAAGCAUUGAAAUGUC